CGCAAGUUGGACCUCCCAGUUCAGAGGCGCGUUCCAGUGCACUCUUCUUGGUCGUCGGUGGACAGUUCCGACAUCCCAGCAUCCUCAAACGCAGCAUCAGUUGCUGAGGAUACGGUGACUCGAUUUGACGACGUUUGUGAGAAAGGAUGGCUACAAGUGGAGCUAACGUUACGCAAACGCUGUUAGAAUUGACAAGCACUCACUUCCAGAAGCUCUGUCAGCAACUGGUGAGUCGAGGGUCGUUGAAGGAGGGGACGUGCAGCACAGCGGAGGAGCUGUUGACCGUUUUGACUUCCUCGCUGGGCAAGAAUGAAGCUUACAACCUUAUAAAAGUUUCGCUCGAGGAGAUUGGUAACAUGGAGGAAAAACAAAGUGCCGAAGCCGGCACCAGUGGCACCACCAGCGCCAGUGGCACCAGUCGCUAUGAUUCUGCGCAAAGGGAGCUUCGACAACUGAAGCCUGUGUUCAGGACACAGGCGUUCUUACCACAUUUACGUAAGCUGAUGCGCGGUCUUGAAGAGGCUCAGGUCUUGAGUUUCAUGGAAAUGCAUGAGAUAGUGAAGGAGAAUCCUAAGAUGACACAACAAGCAGAGUCUCUGAUUGCUCUGGUCCUCCACAAAGGUCCGCAAGAAAGCAGCAAGACGUUGUCUUUGCUGAAGCAAAUAAAUCCGACUCUUUUCAAAGCACCCGAGGCCGGCACCAGCGGCACCGCCAGCACCAGUGGCACCAGCCGCUAUGAUCCUGUACAACUAGAGCUUCAACAGUUGUGGCCUGAAUUUAUAUCACGGGUGUCAUUUUCACUUUUAUGUGACCUGUUGGAUGACCUUGAUGACGAUCAUGUCUUGAGUGGCAGGGACAGACAAUGGAUAAUGUCUCAGAUGUCUUUCAUGAGACAACAAGCAGAGUCUCUGAUUGAUCUGCUCUUCCACAAAGGUCCAGAAACAAGCAGGAAGACAUUGUUUUUCCUAAAACAAAGACAUUCUGCUCUUUUUAAAGUCCAAGCUGGCACAAGCAGCACCAGCGACACCAGUGGCGCCGGUGACUAUGACUCCGUCCAAAUAGAGUUUCAGCAGUUGAGGCCUGACUUUGUAAAACAGGUGUCAUUUUCACUUUUAUAUGAACUUUUGUUGGAGCUUUCAAAGGCUGACGUCUUGAGUGGCACUGAACGUCGAAAGAUUCUGUUUGCGAUCUCUCGAUUGAGAAAAGAAGCAGACUUUCUGAUUGAUCUGCUCCUCGACAAAGAUCCAGAAGCAAGCCGGAAGAUGUUGUUUUUCCUAAAGCAAAGAGAUCCCGCUUUUUUUAAAGUCCCUGCCCGUACCCAUGGACAGUUGCUGCCUCAAGAGCGACUAAAACUUAGAACACUUGAAGAGCUUCCGGCAUUGAGGUCUGACUUGAUGUCACAGAGUGUUUUGUUUCGGCUGAUGAACAGUCUUGAAGUGGAUCAUGUCUUGAGUUCCGGGGAAAAGAGUAUGAUCAUCUCUUCCAACCCUGACAUCAGAAGUAUGGUGUUCCAUUUGAAUCAUGUCGUCCUCCUGAAAGGUUCAGAAGCAAGCAAGAAGAUGCUGCAUUGCUUGAGUCGGAUAGAGCCUCGACUCUUCGGGCACUGCCUUGUUGAGCAAUACAAAGGCAUGCUGGUUGACUUGGUGAGAGAUGUUGACAUUCUAAUAAAGGAUCUCAAUACAAGGGGAGUUGCUGUAAGCGAUGAGAUCAAAGCCAUCCACAGCCCUCAGGAGAAGAUGUCGAAAGUCAUUGAUCAUCUGAAAUCUGUGGAACAGAAACUGAUCUUCUACAGCAUCCUUGAGGAACGGGAGCCACGAGCACUCGACACAGUAUUAAGGAAAAUGGAAACUGAGCAACCAUGGAUGAAGGGCGACUUUGAAAUGGUCACAGAGAGGUGGUUCACUGAAAUUGCAACAGUUGCCGAAGACGAAUGGACUAAGCUUGAACCGGAAGUGAGCUGUGAUGAUGGGGUCACCUGGUGCAGUUUCCUCUCUGUGCCAGGUAAAUAUGAGUGCAGUGUCUCAGGUCUGCGCUGGAGUUGUAAGGAUUCGCCUCUGAGCUUUAAGUAUCGCUUUGGCAAAUGGUGGGAGCACAAGAACACAAUGGAGGCCCUCCAGCACAUGGCUGCAGGCCCCUUAUUGGACAUCACAGUGACUGAUGGGCGGUUUGAUGAGGUCUAUCUGCCACACUGGAUCUGCACGGCUGUUGAUCCUACAAUUUUCGAGAAGUUUGCUGUCUUGCAUUCAGAUAAUGAUGGAGUUAGUAUGGAAAACGUGCCCGAGGUCACACCAUCCCAUGUCAAGCUACCGCACACAGAUUUUUCUGCAAGAGGAGUGCUCACCCGGAUCAAGCGUUGGGCUGGCUUUCUUGUGUCUCUGAAGUGCAAAGUGUUCAUCUACAAGACCAAGAAAGCAUUCCUGACGCUACAUGUUUAUCUGAUCCCGAGCGACCCUGCUCUUGAAGCAGAACUACAAAAGACAACUUCUCUUUUAGGCUAUGAAAGGAUUAUGAAGUCUUACCCCCAGGGGGCCUUGGAAAUGGAUGACCAAUUCAACCUCAAAACUGAUGUUGAUGGUGCAACAAUAAGCCCAAAGGUUUUUAAGCUCACAUAUGAAGAUUGGGACCCUAAUUUCUUUGAGGUGUUCAUCAAAAAACCAGGGGAAGAAUUCACUCUCAUACUUGAAAAUGCAAGUGGGCCAGUGUGGAGCUGCGAUAUUCGACGAGGUGACUAUUCUGGUUCUGGAUCCUUUGUGCCUGAAAUGAGGACAUAUGAUGACGAGCUUCUGAGAGUGAGAACUGACUUUAUGGAGCGGGUCAGUGCCGAAGUUACUUCUCAGUUACUGGAUGACCUUUUGGGUGUAGACCUGAACGACGGUGAGAAAGAUGCAAUAGCAGAGGGGAAAAUGAUCCCCACGCACAGAGCACGUGCACUGAUAGAUACGGUAAGGAGGAAAGGACCCGAAGCUUCUCGAAGGAUGAUCUUUCACUUUGAGCGCAGAGACCGUACACUUCACGCCCUGCUGGGGCUGCCCUCUGUCCCACACCUGUAAGCAGCUAAGAUGCCUCGAGCCUCCCUAAAAACUAGAGAUGAAAUUGUAUAUAAUCAUAACACGAUAUACAGGUAUAUGAUUAUACUGGGUUUUCUCCGGGUACUCACAUUCCAAAAACUGGCU